UCAGUCUUGUACAGGUGUACCGGCUCCUCCCCUUCAGUCUUGUACAGGUGUACCGGCUCCUCCCCUUCAGUCUUGUACAGGUGUACCGGCUCCUCCCCUUCAGUCUUGUACAGGUGUAGCGGCUCCUCCCCCCCAAUCUUGUACAGGUGUACCGGCUCCUCCCCUCCAGUCCUGUACAAGUGUACUGGCUCCUCCCCUCCAGUCUUGCACAGGUGUACCGGCUCCUCCCCUCCAGUCUUAGUCCAUCUCCUCUCUGGGACUGAAACGGCUUCCUCUGAUUUCACUGCACACUCUGAGCUUCUCACAAUGUGCAUUAGAAGCUGCAGCAAGUCAGAUAGAGGUCUGCCUCAUUUUAUUGGCUGGAGGACAUCCAACAUCAUCUAGUCCCUUACUGCCCAAC